CCAAUAUUUACAGAGGCUCUGAGAGAUCAGCAAGUCAAAGAAGGUACCAAAGUGGUACUUUCUGUUAAGUUUUCUGGCGAACCUGCUCCUCAAAUCAAAUGGCUCAGAAACGACGGCCAAAUAAUUCCAAGUUCCAGUUUUAAAAUUGUUGUCGAUCACGGAUAUUCGGCGCUGGAAAUCAAAGAAUUCUUUCCCGAAGAUGCAGGCUUGUAUACAGUGGUGGCCAGAAACUUGGGAGGCGAAACAAGAACCUCAUGUCAUCUCGACAUCGAAGGUUUGAGUUUGUCGUCAGGAAUUCCCGGAUCUCAAGUACCAUGCAAGCCAAAAUUUGUGGAUUUCUUGCAAAACAAAGACGUGCAGGAGGGAUCCAGGGCUCACUUCAAAUUUCACGUUUCAGGCAAACCUGUCCCGGAAAUUACAUGGUACAAAAACGGAGUAGAAGUUAGACCCGACAAAAAUCAUGACAUCAUUAAAAAAGAAGCUUUGGUUCAGUUGAUCAUUCGACACGCAACACAAGAAGACACGGGUAGAUACGUCUGUGUCGCCAAAAAUGAAGGUGGUCAAGUGCAAAGUAGCGCUCAACUGAAUGUUAAAGCACCCCAAGAACCACCUCGUUUCCUCGAUCGACUGCAAUCAACUUCCGUAAGAGAAGGAGAUACUGUCAAACUCUCCGUCAGAGUUACGGGCAAACCAGAACCUGAAGUGACAUGGUUCAGACAAGGACAACAAAUUAUGAACACGAAAGAUUUUCAAAUAUCAAAAUCAGGCGACGAGCACAUCUUACUGAUACCAGAAGUGUUUGGCGAGGACCAAGGCAAGAUAACGGUUAAAGCAACGAACAGUGCGGGACAAUCGCAAUGCACUGCUGAUUUAAACGUAGAAGCUCUUCCCAAUCCGUUUCCACCAGAAUUCUCAGUUCCGUUGAGUGAUCAAGUUAUUCAGGAAGGGAAUCCAGUCUCCUUUAUGACAGAAGCUUCAGGAUUUCCUUACCCUCAAUACAUCUGGCAAAAGGAUGGCAGGGCAUUAGAUUCCUAUAAGGAUUGUUCCAGGUACAACGUUGAACAGAAUGGAUCUAGGUUGGUUAAUUUGUGGAUUGGUUGGAUGGUUGCACGCUUUUGGAGUUGUCCGUUUAAUACUUAUUGA